AUCGCACAUUCGAUUUGUAAACCGCAAAAAACACUUCGCCUCAGCCAAGGGAAGCAGAAAUGGAUCGACAAGCUUCGACUUCUCGAAGCGAAGUAUGAGUGUAGAGAUAGGCAAGUUAUUGCGAAGGAACUGCCGUGUGUUGAUGAGGGCAGUGUGGGCACUGAAGUUGCUAAGGCCUACUACCCUUCUAAUAACGAGGAGGUCGAGAGUGUGGCAAGUGAUGAGGUGUACCUGCCUGAGGAGACGGAUGAUGAUGUGGCAGCGCCGCGAACAAACGACGAGAUUUUCAAGGAAGGCAGCGAAGAGGCAUUAGUUGCUGCCCUUGAAAAGGAGUUGGAAGCGAAGAACGCAGCGAUACGGGAUUGGCAGAGAACUAACCCUGUAGUUGGAAAGCCUGACCCGCCAACCGAUGUGCGCGACGGGACUGAGGAGGACGACUUGAACGAGGCAUCCCUGGAUGACGAAGAAGACGUGGAUGGCGACGAAGACAUGUGAAGUAGGAACCAGCUGACAGCAGGGCGUGUUAUGGCGUCCCAGGUUGAAUGCAUAAAGUGGGUGCCUGGGACGAACUUCCUGGUGGAUGGCUUUGCAUUCAAGAACCCCCGGUGUUCGCAUUACUUCUUGACUCACUUCCACUCCGACCACACAGUGGGUCUCAAUAAGAGCUUCGAUGGAGGCGUCAUAUACUGCUCCCAUGUUACAGCCCGGCUCCUGGUGCACGACAUGGGCAUCAAGCCGCAGGUGGUGAAGCCGCUCGCUGUAGGCGUGGCUGUGAUGGUCCAGGGGGUGCGGGUGACACCCCUGGAUGCCAACCACUGUCCUGGCUCCGUCAUGUUCCUCUUCGAGGUGCCCGCCACCGCGUUGACCAAGUCCCGGUCACUCGCUGCGACUGCAGCGGCAACUGCGUUCCGGGGUUCUGCCAGCCCCGUAUCCUCGUAUCAGAGGGCGCUGGUGCUGCCAUGCCCCUCUACCAGGGCCCUGUCACCCGGUGGUGCUGCUGUAGACCAGUCGGCGAAGCAGCAAGGAAACGAGGGUAGCGAUGUUCGAGUUUCAGGGCCCAGCUUGGACGAUGUGGCAAGGAAUGCAGCGCGGGAAGGAGAGACUUGGGGAUGGGCGACUGUACACGAGGAGGUUCCCGGCAUGGCAGGUGGUAGCCAGUGCGGCGCCGCGGCUGCCACCCAUAACAUUCUCCACACCGGUGACUGCAGGUGGCAGCGCUGGAUGCGGGACCAGCCGGGACUGGCUGGCGUGCGCGUGGACACACUCCUCCUGGACACCACGUACGCAGCGCCCAAACAUACACUGCCACCUCAGCAGGAGGCCAUCGCUAUGAUGGUCCAGGUGAUGCGGGAUGCCCUUGUUGCGGAGCCUCAGACGGUUUUCUUGGUCGCCACGUACCACAUUGGCAAGGAGAGGGCGUUUCUGGGGGCCGCGCAACAGCUGCAUGCCAGGGUGUGGUCCAGCCCCGCCAAGCGUUCCUUGCUACGGCUUUUGGACCUGCCGGCUGAGCACAUGGCGCUGCUGGUGGACGACCCCCGGGAGGCAAUGGUGCACUUGACGGGCUGGGGACUGCGUCCGGAGGACCUGCGGGCGAGUUGUUGGCUGCCGAGGCCAGGCUGGGGAUUGAAGGGUGCCAAGAGGGCCUACUUGGAGCGGCAUCUGGGCGUGUGGAAGCAGGCCGUCGGCAUCCGUCCCACGGGUACGCUGCGGGGGAGUGCGGUAACACUAUCUGGUUGUUCUUGGCACUGUUUGGUUUGCCGUUUGCAUGGGCGAUGUCAUGUUUCACAUAAGGAGCACUCGCAAAUGACCGGGAACGGCAUGUAUCGUUUAUUGCCCCGUGAUGAAACUGCACGGUAUCUCGGGCUGCACUACGGCACAGGCCAACGGUUUGCGGCCUGCACGAACCAGCUACUUGCGGCAUGGAAACGGGACACUUUUUGCCUCAUUGCUCUCUGUGGCGACAAGAAAAUUACCGUACCCAAGCUCAACAUGUCCCUUUAUAAUGUUCUUGUGCGUACAUGUAACUGCUGGACAUUUCGGCGGGGAGGUGGGGUGUCCAUCCGCCGCGAGGGCAACGUGGUCGUCGCCGGAGUGCCAUACAGCGAGCACAGCAGCUGGACCGACUUGUGUGACGCCGUCUCACAGCUGCGCCCACGGAUACUCAUCCCAACUGUCAAUGCCUCCACGCCCGCCCAACGAAGAGCCCUGGUGGACCGCUUCGCUCACCUAAUGGACUUGAGUGGCGACCGCUCACGACUGGAUGUGUACCUGGCUCGCGGUACUCGAGAGGUGGAUGGGAAAGCUGCUGGAGGCUGCGGCAUGGGAACAGGUGCACCAAGUCAGGACCAGGUUGAGCGAAGCGGCAAGGCUGGUAGGGCAGCUGCAGCCCCUGAUGCAGGACUUGCUGGUGUUGCACCUGUCGCACCUAUCAACCUAGGCGCUGUAGAUGUGGCAGAGCAGGAGCGCAUCCUCGCAGACCUGCAGCGGCGCCGCGAGCUGCUACAUCAAAGGCAGUGGCAGCAGCACUUCAAGGUUAGCCAGAAGCAGGGCCAUCAGCAGCAGCGGCGACGUAGUAAGAGGAGUUUAUGCGACCCCCAGGACGACCUGGUAUCCGAGAUGAUGACUAGCGCUGGCAAGCGGGUGCGUGCAAAUGGGCUUCUGCAAGCUGUUGCGGAACAGCAGGGUGGUGCCGGGCCCCCUGACCCGAAGCUCGGGGCUAGGGUGGAAGGUAAGGGAGGUUUGGAACCAAGCCCUGCCGGAGCACCGCAACCAGCAGGGUGUCAAGCGACUGCCGCUGGUGCAGCAAUUAGGGACGUGAGUCAUAGUGCAGCGUCUAACGGCAAUGGCAUCAGCAGUAUGCCGCAUCGGGCCAAUCAAAUGUGGCAGUACCCGGAAAGCGCCGUGCGCUGUGGCGCCGGCAAAGAGAGCCGCGUCUGUGACAUGGACAUCAUCGAUCUGAGCCUUGAGGAUGAGGAUGAGGGCGGCGGCAAGGGGCCUGUGAGCAUCAAAGCCAGCGGGGCUGCAAGGUCGGGUGCGCCCCGUGGAAAGCAGAUGGGGUUGGGUUUAGCUCUAGCCAGCAGUGGGAUGGCCGAUAACUGUUCAGGGUGUACAUGGCCGGAUCGGGGCGGCCGCG